AUGGUUCUUGGCGGUGCCCAAAGAGUCACAGAAAAUGGUGAAAACAACGACGAUAAGACCAGCUUUUCCGGUGAUGGGGUAAGUGAGUGGAGAGAUAUUCCGGCGGAGCUGCUGCUGAGAAUCCUGUCUGCGGUGGAUGAUCGGACGGUGGUGGUUGCAUCUGGAGUGUGCCGGGGAUGGAGGGAGGCCGUUUCUUGGGGCCUCACUCGUCUUUCCCUCUCUUGGUGCAAGAAAAACAUGAACAGUUUAGUCAUAUCACUAGCUCCGAAAUUCCCCCAACUCCAGAUUCUAAUCCUUCGGCAAGACACACCGAGGCUUGAAGACUACGCCAUUGAAAAAAUCGCGAGACACUGUCUUAAUCUGCAAGAAUUGGAUCUUAGCAAGAGUUUCAAGCUAACUGACCGAUCCUUGUACGCCUUAUCUCAUGGCUGCCCGAACCUCGUGAAGCUUAAUAUAAGUGGAUGUUCGGCUCUCAGUGAUACUGCACUUAGUUAUUUGGUGAGCUUUUGCAGAAAGUUGAAAAAUCUGAAUCUUUGUGGAUGUGUUCGUGCGGCGACUGAUAAGGCUUUAACGGCGAUUGGGUAUAAUUGUAGAAAAUUACAGUACUUGAAUCUUGGAUGGUGUGACUUGGUUGGUGAUGACGGUGUAAAGAGCCUAGCUUAUGGUUGUCCAGAUCUUAGAUCUCUGGAUUUAUGUGGAUGUGUUCUUAUAACCGAUGAGAGUGUAAUUGCUCUGGCAAACAACUGCCUCCACUUGAGAUCCCUGGGGCUUUACUACUGCCAAAACAUCACGGACCGGGCUAUGUACUCCCUAGCACAGAGCCCGGCCCGGACCAAGAACCGUGGAGCGUGGGCCCAAGUUGAGGUGGAGGAAGGCCUCACGAACCUCAACAUCAGCCAGUGUACAGCCUUGACCCCGCCAGCAGUGCAGGCAGUGUGCGACUCGUUCCCCUCCCUCCACACGUGCCCUGGCCGCCACUCCUUGAUCAUCAGCGGCUGCCUGAACCUCACGUCCGUGCAUUGCGCGUGUGCUGUCCACCGUGGCCCGGCCCGGGUGUCUUAUUGGGCCCAUUAG